UUCACUUCACUUCACUUGGAGCUCACGCUCUGCUUACGGAAACAUAGAGAGAUGGACAGCUCAAGAAAAUCUCCGAUGAAGCCAUGGAAAAAAGGCCCGGCGAGAGGCAAAGGUGGCCCUCUAAAUGCCUCGUGCUCGUAUAGGGGCGUGCGUCAGAGGACGUGGGGCAAGUGGGUCGCGGAAAUAAGAGAACCCAAGAAGAGGACCCGGCUCUGGUUGGGCUCUUUCGCCACUGCUGAAGAGGCGGCCAUGGCUUACGACGAAGCCGCUCGGAAAUUGUACGGGCCCGAUGCUUAUCUCAACCUACCCCACCUCUGCCAUCAACCGCCACCCGACUCCUCCGUUUUCUCAUCGAACAGGCCUCUGCAUCACAAGUUCAAAUGGUUCCCAUCCAAGAACUUCAUCUCCAUGUUCCCUUCAUGCGGCCUGCUCAACCUGAGUGCUCAGCCCAAUGUCCAUGUCAUCCACCAGAGGCUGGAAGAGCUCAGGAAGAAUGGAGGCUUCGGUGGCGCAGCUUCCCCUUCUUCAUCUUCCUCAGACUCGAGAAUCGACACUAGGAGGAGAACCGAUUUGGAAGUUGGUAAGUUGAAGGAGAAGGAGGUUGAAAUUUUGUCAGAGAAGGCGCCCGCUACAGGGCAUCGCGAGGAGAAGCCUCAAAUUGAUCUAAAUGAGUUCCUUGAGCAGUUGGGAGUCCUGAAGGAAGAUAACCAGUCCAAAGAAGUUGUAGAUGUGAAUGGAACCGAGGAAGGUAUGUUCAAGGAUUAUGAACAAAUAGUGGCUUUUGAUGAAAAGGGUAUCAAUUGGGAUAGUUUGAUGGAGAUGCAUGGUUAUGCGGAUCAACAGAUUUAUGCAGAAGGCAACACUUGCCAGGUUUAUGAUAUUAGUGAAGAGUUUGCUUUGCCUUCCACCAUCUGGAAUUUCUGAGAGAAACAUCUGACAGUGACACUGGGAGAAUAGUUUUCAUAUAGUUCAAAACUAGUUUACAGAGUUCAAUAUGAGAGAGAGAGAGAGAGAGAGAGAGAGAGAGAGAGAGAGAAAGAGAUAAAGAGAGACUCUAGUCUUAUGAUCGAUCGGAAUACUGGCAGUGUAGAAUGUUGAUCCCACAAUUUUCAGCAUUUAUUUUUACCUUGCAUUAUAUGAUUCAGUCUUCAAACCUAAUGAAUUAACA